GAAAAUGAACGCACCAAGGACCUAAUCAUCGAGCAGAAAUUCCAUCGGACCAUCAUUGGGCAAAAGGGUGAGAGGAUCCGGGAAAUCAGGGAGAAAUUCCCAGAGGUUAUCAUCAACUUCCCUGACCCUGCACACAAGAGUGAUAUCGUCCAACUUAGAGGUCCCAAAAACGAGGUGGAGAAGUGCACCAAGUACAUGCAAAAGAUGGUGGCAGACCUGGUUGAAAAUAGCUUUUCGAUUUCUGUCCCCAUCUUCAAACAAUUCCACAAGAACAUCAUAGGUAAAGGAGGUGCCAACAUCAAGAAGAUCCGUGAAGAAAGCAACACCAAAAUUGAUCUCCCAGCAGAGAACAGCAACUCGGAGACAAUUGUUAUCACAGGCAAGAGAGCAAACUGUGAGGCUGCUCGCCACAGAAUUCUUGCCAUCCAGAAGGAGCUGGCCAACAUCACGGAGGUGGAGGUCUCUAUUCCUUCCAAACUGCACAAUUCCCUCAUUGGCGCCAAAGGCCGCUUCAUCCGCUCCAUCAUGGAAGAGUGUGGUGGAGUCCACAUCCACUUUCCCACUGAGGGCUCUGGUAGUGACACCGUGACCAUCAGGGGCCCAGCUCAGGAUGUAGAGAAAGCCAAGAAGCAGCUGCUGCACCUGGCAGAGGAGAAGCAAACGAAGAGUUACACUGUGGACCUCCGUGCAAAGCCAGAGUAUCAUAAAUUCCUUAUUGGUAAGGGUGGUGGCAACAUCCGCAAGGUGCGUGAUAACACUGGGGCCCGCAUCAUCUUCCCAACCUCUGAGGACAAAGAUCAGGAGCUGAUUACUAUCAUGGGAACUGAGGAGGCUGUCAAAGAGGCACAGAAGGAAUUGGAGGCCCUCAUCAAGAACUUGGAUAACGUGGUUGAAGACUCCAUGGUGGUUGACCCUAAGCAUCACCGCCACUUUGUCAUCCGGAGAGGGCAAGUUCUGCGUGAGAUUGCAGAUGAGUAUGGUGGUGUGAUGGUCAGCUUCCCACGCUCUGGUACCCAAAGCGACAAAGUCACCCUCAAGGGAGCCAAGGACUGUGUGGAGGCAGCCAAGAAGCGCAUCCAGGAGAUCAUUGAGGACCUGGAAGCUCAAGUGACAAUCGAAUGCACCAUCGCACAAAAGUUCCACCGCUCCAUUAUGGGCCCCAAAGGAUCCCGGAUCCAGCAGAUCACCCGGGACUAUGGUGUCCAGAUCAAAUUCCCUGACAGGGAGGAGAACCCAG